GAUCGAUACAAAGUUCAAGUGACAUUGAAACGGCGAGACGGAACAAACGGUUUCUUUUUCCGCCGCGUCCUUUUCGACCGCCGCGUACUUCCCAACUGGCCGCCAGUUCCUGCCAACACACUAUGCUUGUGACGUUGCCUGCCACGACGACUACGACUGCCGCGGUGGCGGCACCACCGUCAUCCCCACACACGUGGCAGUCCAAUGUCGACAUUCCCACUCGGCGAACGAUGAUCCACAAGUUGCUCUGGGCCUUCCAGAACAAGCACCAAGUCAUGCACCGCGUGCUAUCGACCACGGUCGAUUCGUUCGGGAAUGACUCGACACUCCAACCCCCGACUAUGGACGCCCGCCUGCCGUCGCUCGUUCGUCGUUUGGAGCUCGCAUUGUACCUCCGGGCAGCGUCGUUGGAAGAGUACUUGAACGAAAAGUCGCUCCAGCGGCGCGUGCAGCACUUGAUUGUGUCGCUGCAUCACCAAUCGGUCUUGCAUUUCAGCGCGCAGGAGGUUACUUUUCGCAUGCCAUCUCUCAAACGACGAGCUGCCACAGCUAGCGCAGAGGAGACGUCCGUAGAGGUAUCCGCAAAGAAGCCUCGCAAGUCCACAGACCCGCCACUCCAUCCCGAAUGCGUUCUCUUCCUUGGUAACCAAGAGCAUGUCCUCGGCCACGUCUUUUCGUUUCUUGAUGGCAUCGACGUUGUCCGAUGCAUGAGCUUGAAUCGGUUCGCUGCGUCGUUCUUGCCCCGGAACGUUCGGUACUUGAGUCUGUCGUGGCACCAGCUUGCCGCAGUGCUUGGCCAGCAACGCCUGCAACGGUUCCAGCAACUCGAGAGGUUGGCCGUGGCCCCACCUCUUCCCCUCUUCCACCCCACCUCGACCCCACCAACCCUGAGCAACGAACUUGUUGUUGUACAACUCGCUGCCGCGUUGCCCUCACGCGCAUUGAAACAGCUCAUUCUCUCCAACGUGUACAUCCACACCGAUGACGUGAAUGCGACGUCCGCCCUCUGCAGCGCCCUGCUCUCGUGCACUUCGCUGACGCACUUGAGUCUUGCUGGAAAUGCCAUUGGUGACAGCGGCAUGGCGGCCGUAACGGCCAUGCUACCGUCUUUGCCUGCACUGGUCCACUUGGAUUUGCGGCGCAACUACAUUGGCGAAUCCGGCAUGCAUGCUUUCGCCAGGAUGCUACAAACUGGUUCCCAUCCGCUGCGUCUCCACACGCUGCUUCUCGGUUCCAACAUUGCAGCCAGGUCCGUCUGCAAUGUGGCAGCUGGUGUAGGCCACCGCCGCCUCCAGCACCUUCGCGUCCUCGGACUUGAAGAUAACUUUGUCGACUUGGCUGGCGUCGAAGCGUUGGCCCAAGUUCUCCGGCAAGGUGUGUGCCCCGUACUCCAAGAACUCUGCAUUGGCGACAAUGCCGUGGACAACCGCGUGAUUCGAUCUGUUUUUGCAUUUGCCAAACCUGCCAUGUUGUAGGAGGUAUAGAUUGCUAAGACACAAUACUGCUCGAGAGCAUUAGCGAGUGCAGUUCAUGUUUCGCCAUCGCUUCGGACAACGGGAUAGCACAGAAAUUGAGGCAAUGUGUACCGCUAGACAACGCUGGCCCGACGCCGCGAUAAGUAUUUCGUUGAAUUUGGGGCUGCAUGAAGCUGGGAAUGGAGUCCAGUUUCACGACUACAUUCGAAAUGAUGCAAGGACUAUUGAAGAG